AAAAAAAAAAGAAAAAAAAAGAGGAAGAGUUGCAGAAGACACACAGGUGCCGAAGGAGCCAAGGAGAAGAAGACGGGUCGGGUCCUAAUAGCUGCUUUCUCCUUCUCAGUCCACUUCUCUUCUCUCUCUCUCCUCUCUUCUUUCUCUCUCUAGAAUUCCCUCGAAUUCCAAUUCCCUUUGCUUUUCCAUUCCCAAAACCCCCACUCCCUCACUUCGUCUCGGGAAUUCAAUACCCUCUUUUGAUUUUUCUCAAUAGGCGAUUUCUUUCGUGAUUUUCGUUUCGCCGGAAGGGUUCGGCUCGUUCGGGUCGGGUUUUGGACCGUUGAAGAAUCGGAUAAGGGCGAGAUCUGGCUGGGUAUAUUGUUAGGGAUCGGAAUUGUGAUCUAAUUGGAGCUGGUUUGGAUUACCGUUUUGGAUCCGAUCGGGGGAGAAACAGCGCCAUCUGAUGGCGCUGUUCAGACGAUUCUUUUACCGGAAGCCGCCGGACCGCCUUCUUGAGAUCUCCGAGCGGGUGUACGUUUUUGACUGCUGCUUCUCGACCGAUGUGUUGGAAGAAGAUGAGUACAAAGUAUACUUGGGUGGCAUUGUAGCACAGCUGCAAGACUACUUCCCGGAUGCUUCUUUCAUGGUGUUUAACUUCAGAGAAGGGGAUAGGCGGAGCCAAAUUUCCGACGUGCUUUCGCAGUAUGACAUGACAGUAAUGGAUUACCCUCGGCAAUAUGAGGGAUGUCCUUUGUUGCCACUAGAGAUGAUUCAUCACUUCCUUCGUUCGAGUGAAAGUUGGUUGUCAUUGGAGGGGCAACAGAAUGUGUUACUGAUGCACUGUGAAAGAGGAGGAUGGCCUGUUCUCGCAUUUAUGCUUGCGGGUCUUCUGUUGUACCGUAAACAAUACAAUGGGGAGCAGAAGACUCUUGAAAUGGUUUACAAGCAGGCUCCUAGGGAACUUCUCCAUCUUUUGUCUCCUUUAAACCCACAGCCUUCGCAGAUGAGAUAUCUUCAGUACAUUUCGCGACGAAAUUUGGGUUCUGAAUGGCCUCCAUCAGAUACACCUUUACUUUUGGAUUGUCUGAUACUUCGAAACCUUCCACUUUUUGAUGAUGGAAAAGGUUGUAGGCCUUUCAUACGUGUUUUUGGUCAAGACCCUUCUACACCAGCUAACAGGAUCUCUAAGCUUCUCUUUUCAACUUUAAGGAAUGAAAAGAAUACCCACCUCUAUGUACAGGCAGAGUGUGUGCUGGUGAAAAUUGAUAUUCGUUGCCGUGUUCGAGGGGAUGUGGUUCUUGAAUGCAUCCACCUGGAUGAAGAUCUUGUUCGCGAGGAGAUGAUGUUCAGGUUUAUGUUCCACACAGCAUUUGUACGGUCAAAUAUAUUGAUGCUUGGUCGUGAUGAUAUUGAUAUUCUUUGGGAUGCCAAGGAUCAAUUUCCAAAGGACUUCAGAGCAGAGGUACUUUUUCUGGACGCUGAUGCUGUUGUGCCUAAUAUCACCACAGUUGUGGCAAGUGAAGAAAACGAGACAGGGAGUGCUUCACCCGAGGAAUUUUUUGAGGUGGAAGAGAUAUUUAGCAAUGCAUUGGAUUCACAGGAAGUGAAGGCGGAUUUCGACUCUUCCAUGGUUCACGACAAUACUCGUAAACAUAUAGAUCAGCAAAAAGUCUGGAAGGAGGAUUUAGAUCGUCAUGCUUUUGUAGACUGUACGUCAGACGAUGGAAAGCACAAAAAGGACAGAAUGGCAAAUUCUAAUAAUGAUGCAGUGAAGGACAUUGCCGUUGAUGAUGUGAAGUAUAAGCUCGGUGAGGUGGAUUCCAAUGUCGAUGCUGUGAAAGACAUUGCUGUGGAUGAUGGAGAUAUGAAGUCAAAUUCCAUCCCAGUUGCUGCUGAUGUGCGGAGUCAUACUGGAACUAAGGAAGUGGUAGAAGAGGUGCGCCGGAAAUUGGAAGAGAUGGAAGAUAUAACUAAUGAAGAAGACUUGGCUACACGAAAGAGAUUAGAGACCAAGGUUGCACAAUCAAAACUGAGUGCUGAGGUCUCUAGACCAAAAGCUGAGAAAUUGCAGCCACCUGCCUAUAAGAGACAGCCUUCAUUUAACACAAAAGUAGGUGUAGAAACUACGACAGCAAAACAGAAGUCUAAACAACAAGAAACUCAGGGAACUUCGGCAAAAAUAGCAAAACCAAAUGCGGUGUCUAGGUGGAUUCCCCCUAACAAAGGCUCUUAUACUAAUUCAAUGCACGUUUCCUAUCCACCAUCAAGAUAUAAUAGUGCACCAGCUGGUUUUGCCGGUGCUGCUUCUUCAAAAGAUACAAAUGCAAAUGAUAAACUGAAAGCUUCUUCUGGAACUGUGGUUUCAAAGGAUGUGGAAACUGAACUGAAACAUAGUAAAGUGGACCCUUUGAAGCAUUCAAAGUCUGCACCAGAGACACUAACAGAGACGUCCACAUCCUGCCUGCCAUCGACACUACCACCAAUCCAAGAGACAGAGACUUCCUCUAUUACAACAGAACAUACUGAUGCACAAGCAGUUUCCCCUCCACCUCCACCUCCGCCUCCACCACCUAUGUCUCAAAUAUCUUCAUUGUACACUUCUCCAAAGCUUUUGUCACCAGCUAUACCAUUGUCACAAGUAGCUGCAACAGCACCUCCUUCUCCUCCUCCUCCACCAUCGCCGCCACCUCCUCUGCUAAGUUCUAAUUCUGUCUUCUCAAAGCCCUCUCCAGUCUCGUGCUUGUUUCCAUCUUCUACCCCGCCACCACCACCACCUCCACCUCCACCUCCACCUCCACCUCCUUAUGCCUCGUCAUCUAUCACGCAGAAUACUGGUAUAGCUUCGGUCCCUGCACCUCCCCCUUUCCCUCCACCUCCGCUGCAAUCUGGUGGGCAGAAUAGUGGCACCAUAAUGCCUCCACAGCCUUCUUCGUCCCUUUGGAAGGUUGGGUACUCUUCAGCUGCUCAUGUUAUGGUGGCAAGUUCUCAAAAUUCACCAUCACCGCCUCCCCCUCCACCUCCUCUUGCUGCAAGUGUAUCCAAACCUCUUGGAGUUGGAGUACCUACUCCACCGCCACCACCUACUCGUGGUACUCCACCUCCUCCUCCACCGCCGCCUCCUUUGCCGGGAGUUUCAUCUACUCCACCACCCCCACCACCGUCGCCGCCUCCAAUGCAAGGAACUCCACAUCCACCGCCACCACCUCCCUUAUUUGGAGCUCCACCACCGCCCCGACCUUCUUUACAUGGAGCUCCACAGCCACCCCCGCCCCCACCACCUCCAAUGCAAGGGGCUCCACCUCCACCACCUUUACGUGGAACUCCACCUCCACCACCCCCACCACCAUUUUCAGUACAUGGAGCACCUCCUCCACCACCACCACCACCACCUCCAAUGCAAGGAGCUCCACCUCCACCACCACCUCCAAUGCGUGGGCCCCCACCCCCACCGCCACCUCCAAUGCACAGUGCCCCCCCUCCGCCGCCACCUCCAAUGUAUGGGGCCCCACCUCCACCGCCCCCUCCAAUGCGUGGGGGGCCACCUCCACCACCUUCAGGACGUGGUGCACCACCUCCGCCACCCCCUCCAAUGUGUGGGGGAGUGCCUCCACCUCCUCCACCACCUUCAGGGCAUGGUGUGCCACCUCCUCCUCCACCUCCCGGUGGAGGCUGCGCUCCCUCACAGCCUGGAGCACCACCUCCACCACCACCUCCAGGAGGUCGUGGUCCAGGGCCUCCUGCUCCACCUGGACUUCCUGGUGGUGCUCCUCCACCACCACCCUCAUUAGGUGGCAGAGGACCUGCUGCUGGCAGAGGGCGCGGACGUGGGAUACCUGCCACAGCGCCUCGACGCUCCUCCUUGAAACCACUACAUUGGAACAAGGUGACAAGGGCGUUGCAAGGAAGCCUGUGGGAGGAACUGCAAAGACAUGGAGAGACUCAAAAUGCGCAGGAAUUUGAUGUGUCAGAGAUAGAGAGCCUUUUCUCUGCUACAGUUCCAAAAUCUUCAAACUCAGGAGAUAAAGGAGGGCGCCGCAAGCCUGCUGGUUCUAAACCUGACAAAGUUCAACUGGUUGACCUGAGAAGGGCAUACAACACAGAAAUUAUGCUCACAAAAGUUAAGAUGCCACUUCCUGAUAUGAUGGCUGCUGUUUUAAAAAUGGAUGACUCAGUAUUAGAUGUUGAUCAGGUGGAAAAUUUAAUUAAAUUUUGUCCUACUAAAGAGGAGAUGGAACUUCUCAAGAACUACACUGGUGACAAGGAGGCCCUGGGGAGGUGUGAACAGUUUUUUUUGGAGUUGAUGAAAGUGCCUCGGGUGGAGUCAAAGAUGAGAGUAUUUUCUUUCAAGAUUCAGUUCAACACUCAGGUCUCAGAAUUUAAAAGAAGUUUGAACACAGUAAACUCUGCAUGUGAGGAGGUUCGGAACUCUUCUAAGCUGAAGGAAAUUAUGAAGAAGAUUCUUUUUUUGGGGAACACAUUGAACCAAGGAACUGCAAGGGGUGCUGCUGUUGGGUUCAAGUUGGACAGUCUACUGAAGCUCUAUGAUACGCGUGCCUCUACUAGUAAGAUGACACUCAUGCAUUAUCUUUGUAAGAUCCUUGCUUCUAAAUCGCCAGGACUUCUUGAUUUUUACCAGGACCUUGUCAGCCUGGAGCCUGCAACAAAGAUACAAUUGAAGUCUUUAGCUGAAGAAAUGCAAGCUUUAAUCAAGGGGUUAGAAAAGCUCAAGCAGGAGCUGACGGCAUCAGAAAAUGAUGGCCCUGUGUCAGAAGUUUUCCGUAAGACAUUGAAAGAGUUCAUUACUGUUGCUGAGACCGAAGUGGCAUCUGUGACGAACCUAUAUUCUGUAGUGGGUAGAAAUGCAGAUGCUCUUGCAUUAUAUUUUGGUGAGGAUCCCGCCCGCUGUCCAUUUGAGCAAGUUACUGUGACUCUCUUGAACUUUGUUAAGUUGUUUCGGAAAGCACACGAAGAGAAUAUCAAACAGGCUGAAUUGGAGAAGAAGAAAGCCGAAAAGGAAGCUGAAAUGGAAAAGGCCCAGGGCAUUAACCUCACAAAAAAAGCACCAAAAUAGGUGAAGGAUAUAGUCAUUCUAUCGCUACAUGGGAAAUCGAGCUCUCCCGCCAUACAGAAGAGUGUUCAGUCGCAGUGUUGCUAACUAGUGGCAAGGAGCAUAUGCUUUUAGGAUCCUGGUCGGAAUCCCCUUCUCAGAACUAGUGCAAAGGAAAGCCCUUCGAGAUAUUAUUUGGAUGAGGGCGGAAAGGGCAACUAGUCGAGUCCUGCAGCAUUUGAAGUUUUGAACUAUGCAUGAAUCUUUAACUAUACAUGCUUGACAAGAUGUUCAAUCAGACGAUCACGGCCAACUGAUCAGUCAUGUGGGAUAUCAUACAAAGAGACCGGACCUUGGCUCUCACUCUACAGUUGUGUACCAUUCAUUUAGAAGCAAGGGUUCCCCGAGGCAAUCUGGCUUCGUCUUCCACCAUGAUGUCGGAUAUGGCCCCUCUGGCAUCCUUGGGAGAGCAAAGUUCAGUCUCGGUUCACAAUCAGGUUUCAGCUUUCAUCAUUCGUUUGGCAUAAAAUGUACAGCGCCAAGGAAGAUGCCGUUGGGAUCUGUAAAUCCCACAUCGCUGCUGUGCCGUGGAACUCCUGUAAAUCACACUAACCCUCUCUCCGUAGUUUAGAAUUCAAUUCAUUUUCCUGUAACAUAUAAUUUAGUUCCUCGUCACAUUGAAAUUUUGGAUAGGAGACCCCGUCGUGAUAGGCGUUGUAUAGGGAAUCAGGUUCAGAAAGAAACUAGACGACGACAGGGAUUUUUUUUAAUUUUUAGGGUAAUUGUAAAAUAAAUACUGAGCACAGUAGUGCUUUAGGAUUCAUACAGCCGAUCCCAUUUAAUGGGAUAAGGCUUUGUUGUUGUAAUUGUAAAAUAAAUAUAGGUUGGUUUAAGAAACUGACUGUUUUUUCCUUGUGGUUGUUAGUCAAAAAGUAUAUACUUAAAUUCAUGAA